AUGUACCUGCGCGCUGAUAGUGACGAAGAAGAAAACAUUGUUCCAUCAGAGAAAGUAUUGACAGAUGAGCAAUUAUUAUCAAUAAUGAAAAGUGUUAUGGAAGCUAAACAGGCUGAAGAAGCUAGAGAACAGGAGCCAUUGUCUCCAUUGUCACCCCCUACACCAAAACUUGGGGAUGACAAUGACGAAGAGACAUCUAGUGCACGUGACAUUGGCCGUCUUAUUCCUGGACCAGCUGGUUUGGUCCAAGCUACCAUGAGGAACAGGGAAUCUGAAAAUCCCUUGUCAACACAACAGUUCUUGUCUGAUCUUAACGGACCUGCGAUGUUGGUGUUCAACUCUAACCCGUGGCGCUAUGCUGUUCAUUAUGUCAAAUCUAGAGAUCUACCAGAAGUGACAAUAGUGAUUAAUAUCAACCACAAUUUAGAAAGAGUUCCAACAGUUGUUGCUUUUGUGGAGUCUAUGACCCCAACUGGAAAGGAAAAUUAUACUAUUAAUUUAAAGGACCCAACUGCAACGAUUGGUGCAAGCUUACAUUACAAAGUUAAGCAACACCAACAAUAUGGGAAAGACAUUGUUGUGGGAUGUGUGUUAGUUCUGAAACAGGUUGUCGUGUUUGCCCCCAACCGUUUCCGUGGUCCUUACUUCCUUAAUAUAACUAAAAAUAAUGUACAACGGAACGGCCCGUUCUGUCUUCAGAACGGCCCGUUCCACACCCAGAAACCAUAA